AUGAGUUCCUUCAGACAUGUCGCAAGAAACUCGGCCAGCUCAGCAUCAAGGACGCCUUCACUGGCCUCAUCCUCUUCAUCAUUCGGCAGAUCACCUGCAUACAGGAGGUUAAUAUCUGGCCUUGAACCACAGAGCCGAGGUGCACAAAACACGUCCUUUGCGUCAACAUCGCCCGCUCUCACGACACUGCGAUCCCCCUUCCUCCCCCAGACAAUAGCUAGUGUGCACCUGCGAUCCUUCCACCAGUCUUCCAGAUGCUUGCAAGACCAACCGAAGCCGGAGCCCAAGAAGGACGCGAAACCGGAGCCCAAGCCUGCUGGCGCCGAUGCCGCAGAGGAGGCCAAGACCGAGUCUGAAGAGCAACCAAAGAAGGAAGAUGGAGACAAGGCCGACGAGGACGGCGCAAAGAAGGAGAAGAAGGAGGACCUGCCCCCUCCUCCUCCCCAUGGUGACAAGACACCUUGGCAGGUUUUCAUGGAAACCAUGCAGACCGAGCUCAAGCAGUCGAAAGAGUGGAACGACUCCACCAAGCAGCUUGCUGCCGGCGCAAAGGAUUUCGCCGAAAGCGAGAACGUACGACGGGCAAGAGAGGCCUACGAAGCCUCAACCGGCGCCAUUAGCAAGACCACCGGCAAGGUCUUCAAGACUACAGGAUCAGCUAUCGGCAAGGGUGCUGCUUGGACAUGGGAUACCUCUGUCAUGAAGGGUGUCCGCAAGGGCGCAAAUGUCACCGGCGACGCUCUCGACAAGGCCACCAAACCCAUCCGUGAUACCGAGGCCUACAAGAACGUCAAGAAUGUCAUCGACGACGGCAGCAGCUCGAGGUAUGGCGGUUGGGUUGAAAAGGAAGAGCGUCGCAAGGCAAGAGAACUGCGCCAAAAGCAGGCCGGGCUUCACAUCAAGCCUGAGGAUAUGGUUGAGGAUCCCAAUGCCGGUACCAACGUUACAGUCCAUAAGGAUGCCGCCUGGAAGGAAGCUUGGAAGGACUUCAAGGACUCAAGCAAGCUAGCUCAGGGUAUUUUCAACGCCAAGAACGUUUACAACGAGUCCGAAAACCCAUUGAUCUCCACGGCCAGAAGUAUCACGGAUCGGAUUGGCGGCUUCUUCGCGGAAAACGAGACAGCCAUGGUCAUUAAGAAGUUUCGCUCCAUGGAUCCCAACUUCCAGGUCGAGCCCUUCUUGCAGGAGCUCAGAGAGUAUAUCCUCCCCGAGGUCCUUGACGCUUAUGUCAAGGGUGAUGCCGAGACGUUAAAGCUUUGGCUGUCUGCCGCCCAGUAUUCAGUCUACGAGGCUCUCACCAAGCAAUACCUUCAAGCUGGCAUGAAGUCAGACGGCAAGAUUCUCGACAUCAGAAAUGUUGAUAUCCUCAAGGCGCGCAUGCUAGAACCCGGCGAGAUCCCCGUUUUCAUCAUCACCUGCCGAACCCAGGAAGUUCACGUCUACCGCAAUGCCAAGUCCAAUGAGUUAGCUGCCGGUAUGGAGGACAAGGUGCAGCUCGUCACCUAUGCUAUUGGCAUUACGAGAACGCCUGAGGAGGUCAGCAACCCCGAGACGAGAGGCUGGAGGUUGAUCGAAAUGCAAAAGAGCGCUCGUGAAUGG